AUGUACUGCGAAUAUUCAGAUGGAGUGCAACAACAAAGCAUAGCCAACCCACAGGGACGAUCACCACGAACUUCUGCAGUUACAGCGCAUGAGCUGAUGUUUAAGCCGCUGGAUGUAAAAAGUGGAUCGUCAUCUCUCAUGAACAAUUUGCUUUUAGCGAACAAGUUAAGAGGGCAUAUUGUAAUGGCAGGAAAAACCAUUUUGUUGAGUCUUGUUGUAUUUAUAACGGUGGUAAUUGGACGACUGUAAAAUUUAUUAAAAGCACUGUAUACUAGGAAUAAAUAGUAACCUCCUGAGGCCAGUAGUAACACAAACCAAAUUAGGCGUAUGACAAAAUGACGUUUCAUAAACACAUAACGGAUUCCAUGCAGUGUCGUGUCCUCCGUAAAUUCUCUCCACAUCUCUAAUGAUUUCCUCUUGUCACCGUUAUUAUAAUUGUGAACAGUAUGUCUUGGCAUUUCAGUCAUCCAUCCAUCUCUUUUAACCUCCAUUUUGGCUGUGCUUGGUCCUUGCUUGAUUUCCCUGAUGUAAAAAUUGUAAAAUGGCGGCAAAUUUAGUUGUUUUUUUUGUAAAUUGCCGCUAGCUUUCUUCGUAGGCAACUCAACGGAUAUAGGUAGAGAGAUUUACUGCUGGUGAAGAGAAAAAAGGGGGAGCAGGGGUUGGCGGCCGGCAGAAGUUGAGAAAACUUUAACCUCCCCUCUCACCUUCAAUUGCUGAAAUCCUCAAAAUUUUCUUGCCUGAUAGUUAAGUGAACUAGCGAAGGAAAUUUGGAAUGAGUUACAUUUUUUAUUUAAACAAAAGCUCAUUCAAGUCAAUUUAGAGUACAAAAAACUAAAAAUGAAAAAGAAUUAAGAAGUGGAAAUUUUAGUUCAUCAAACGACAAUACCCUUGAUUUAUCUAAAGCCAUCGUGGCUUUCAGUUCCUGGUACAAGAAGGAGCGCUGCAAAUUUGAUACUUUUGCAAUUAUGAAUGAACUUACCGAAAAAACGGCGCAACUGCAAUCUCAGGAAAUAAACAUAUCAAGUUCUGAUAGGUUCCUUGAAGAAGUCAACUUAUUUGCUUGUGAGAGCAGCCUUAAUCUAGUGACAUAAAUAAUGAUAAAAAAUAUACAUUACAUGUUAAGAAUUUUAGCUCUUUAGAUGAGACCAAUUUCAUUUCAUUUGCCGGCAUUAUACAAGGCUUGAAAGACUCAGUAUGAUAACGAAUUUUAAUGAAUGUGACAAUUUUCCAACAUUUGCUCUUAUUAUCGCCGAAGGCCUAGCCACCGUACUAAUAGAUAAUAAACGUUUAUAUUUCCGCACAGCAUUCGUUUCUUUUUGUGUAAUGAAAACUAAUAUUUUCUAAUUUCCUGUAUGUCUUAAAGAGGACUUCUAGCUAUCAAUUAACGGGGUAGAAAAAUCGCAUACAUGUGCAAAUAAUUAAAAUUAUUUGAUUUAUUUGAUGUGUUUAUAUACAGUCAUAGAGUAUAUCUUCCAUUAAACUGUAUUGCUUACUGUAUAAAUCGAAUCACUGAUUGACGAACUUCAUAAUUUCAUCUUUACGUUCACUAGCUAACUAAACUGAAAAAAAGAGAAGAUAACUGUUUACCUGAAUAUACAAAAUUCGAGCGGGUCGACUUUUGCAACGUCACAGGAAAAUGUUAGAUAAAAUAUUAAAUAAUAAUUGAAAUUACAAGAAACCCCUGAGUUUCCAUUUUCUCUAUUAUUUUAUCCGGGUUAUUUUGGAAUACUGUCAGUUAUUAUGAUUAUAUAAUCGAUUGGGGGACUUACGAUGGUUUCCCAAUUGAUUUGCAAACAACAGUGCUUGAAUUUAUAGGAACUGGACGUGAUGUGCUGCUUAUACUGCUACUAUCAAAAUUCUUAUUUUCGGUUUUAUAAGGUAGCUAUACGUACCUACUUGCUUAUAGGUCGAGUAGAUAAUCGACAAACUUUUUUUUUAUCCUCUGCAGUUUUCUUUAUACUUGGUUUAGAUAACUAACUAAUCUGAUCUAGGGAUGUCAGUCACCGAUCUCCUAACUUUUACCGUUGAUUAACAAUUAGAAGGAAACUGUUGUUAUCCCAUAAUUAAACUGCUGGUCAGGAGAAAAAUGAUUAAGAUCAGAAAAUCGAAAUUUGUAUUCAUCUGUUGGUAAAUGCAUAGAAGUUAAAUUGUGAAGCAGUAAAUGGGUUUCAGUUUGAAUUUUUUUCAGUUUAAAUUUUCUGAAUUCAGGAAGUUAGUAAUGAGGUUCAACAACGAACAACAAUACUUCCAAUUCAGCUUUUAGACUGAAUGUUAUCAGUAAAAUCAGAGGUGCCAAUGUCAUACUUACAUUUACAGCUGUUCUCCCGUGAACUAUUGCUCUACAGGUCAGUGAAUUUUCGUUCAAUUUUUUGUGAUAAGUGUUGGCUAAAAAAAAAUCAAAAUUGCUUGUUCGUGAAUAAACCUACCUCACCUAUGCUUUUAUUUAAAUAAGAGCCGUCCGAGGUCAAAAUUUUUUCAAGCAAACCAUGUAUCUUUGGCAACAUCAUAGGCCCCACUAUUUAGUUUGGGGGGGGGGAGCUGUUUGGGCACAGCACCCCCCCACUUUUGUAGAAUAAUAAUUAAUUAACUUUCUUUUAUUUUACCACGGUCAACUCAUUAGGACUUAAUACACUAUUUUGGGAAGUUCAAGUAAACGUCGACUCGUCCGGUUGGAUUGGGACAUUCCAUUUUUUUUUUAUUAUCCCAUGGAGUUGUUGUUGUCGGCAACAUUGAAGAUUGCAUAUGAGGGGUCCAAAAAUGGAAUGGAAAAAAAAUGGAAUGUCCAAUUUUAUUUUCAGCCCACCCACGUUAUAUUCGCUCCGUCGCCGCUGAUUUACGUAUAAAGCCAAAAUAAUAAUUAUUUUCUGAAGUUAGUGCAAUCACUAUUAUUUAACUAAUGACAUUUCAUGAUUAUAUGACUAUCAUUUGUGGUAGCUUACCUAUGAUGCCCUACAUGUAGUGCUUGUAGAGAUCAUGAAUAAUAUUUCUUUCCACUUAUAGCAUAAUUUCCUCUCUGUAGUCGAAUAUUUAGCUAGGCCUUCGGGUAAUUCUGGUUUACAGCUAUUUCUCAAUGCAUGUUUCCUCAGCUGGCUUCUUAUAAUAGAGAAACAUUGCGAAUUUUAAUAAUCAAUAAUCUUCUUACUUUAAUGCUACUGAUAAUCGAAUUGUCCUUGCACAAAAAUAGUUUCAAAACGUUUAACUAUAACAAAGUUUAGACUUUAAGCUUGAAGAACGAUUAAUUUCUACUCUAUGUCAUUAAGUAUGAAUUUUAAAUAAUAGCGGCCAAAAAUGGUGGCCAUUUUGAAUUAUGUCACAGACACCGCCCUCAUACAGCUCAUUUUAGUGUAUCUAAGAAGGCCGUUUACAGUGCCGCUUCAUCUUUCCAGAAUAUUGUAAUACAUGAAAAUCCCGGGAGUUUUCAACCGACCUCCCCGGGACCUUUCACUGUGGUGGGGCAUGAAUUAGUUUGAACGUUCGAGGGCUAAAAUGGUGCCUGAUUGAAAUAAUUAUAAUAAAAAAAACACGAUGAUAAAAAUUACGAACCACGACCAAUGCGGGACGCGUUGAUGCAUUGUUAUCCUCUAUUUAAAGGCGCCGUACAGAUGUCAUAAUUAAUGGCCUACCUUUUUAGCGAAGUUUAAUAAUAGUAAAAAAAAAACGACAGUAAUAAUGACUUCUUAUUAUAUGGCUACAACAGUACGCGCACUCUGAUGGGCUGUUUUCUUGUAAUGACUGGACAUUACUAGCUAGGUAUCAAACACAUAUACCAUCUGUGUUUAACUUGAUAGUGGACAUCCUUAUGGACAUCCAUGCUAUGGUCAAUUGACAGCUGUCAAAAAGGUAUCCGCUGACCAGUGUCGCCUAACUGUAUUGCAGCCUCAACUGUACAACUCUGUUGAGGUGACGAGGUUUUUGUAAAGUUAUCCGUUGACCAGCUGUUGGUUUUAAUUAAUCACAGGCUCAGUUACGCUAUUACCGUAACUGUGACUAUUCUUAAAUCGUAACUACGUAUGCUGAUUUUGAUUAGGGAUUGUUUAAUUUGGAGAGCUCAAAUUAAUUAAAAAACCGACAGCCUAGCGAACGUCAUGUACUUCAAGCUACAUUACAGAACCUGCCUCGUUAUGAUAUACAUUUCAAAUAAGCUAGACAAUUCUCACUUUGACUUAAUUCUACAUUGGCUGCCAACCACAAAACUUUAUUUUACAUUAAAAUCGAUAAAUCACAAGUACAGACUACCUACAAAUAUCGAGGCUAAUCGAGGUAGGCAUGUACACACUAUGGAGACGUAUCACUUAAACAAAUAAAUUACAAUAUUACUACAAAGAAAGUUACAUGAUAAUAAAUAUGGUAUUACAGAUUAAAUGCAAUAAUUACUAUAAGUAGUAUUUUGUCAUAAAUAAGAGGCUAGAGGAAGGAUAACAAAACGUAGGAUUACUGGCUUACGAAGUCACAAGCACUUAGAAGAUAAAUUUUUAAUUCUCUUCAUUUCAUUCAAUAACGUAUCUAUAUCAACAUAACUGUCAACGUUUAAGGAAGAUCUGUUUGGUUGAGAGCAAAAAUUAAUGCAUAAUUUACAGAUUACCAACUGGAGAGGCACUCAAAUCACGUUAUCAAAGGAAUCAUGGCAGGUUAAAAUGGAAGAGAAAAAACAAAAUACUGGUGAAAAUAACUUGCACGAUAUCGUGCUACAGAACCGGAACACUACUUUUUUUUAAAUAAAAAAGAGUCCUCUUUUUCUGUGCAAUCAAAAAAGUUUGGAUAAAAGCAAAAAAGUAGACAAGUACUCUUUUUUAAUUACCUUUCCAGCUUAAGAGGAACUUGCGCUUUAGAAGCCAACGCAGUCAUCUCAGAAACAUCCCCUUUAUUAUUUGCUUAUACUUCAAAAGGACAGUUUUCGGCAAAGUAAAAUUGAAAACAUAAUUAUUAUUCCAUUUUUCAUUAUUUAUAUACCACAAUAUUUAAACGUUACAUCGGCUGUUUACGAUCACCUGCUUCUUGUUUAGCCCCCUUACUGGAAAUACAACAUUUAUAAUACAUGUGGCUAUAGAACUGACGAGCGGGAAAAUUUUUUUGACACAUCGAGCUGACACAGUAAGCUACAGUGCGACAAAAGAGUUCCUUUCUUGUUUUACUCACGAAAGAACUACAAGGAACCUGAACGGGAAACAGCCAACUUGCUCUUUGAUCGAAAAGCGUUGCCGUCGAUUUUGUGGCCUGGCAGCCAUUCAUACAGCGUACCAUACAAAACAGGUUAUGAGUGCAUAUGUGAGUCUUAUUAGUUAAUACUACUUAAGGCCGACAAUACAUGCAACAUCAGGCUUACCAACGACUUUAAUUUUAACGUGUACCAUAGUGUAUUAUUGUAUUUUGUAACGGAAAUGUAAAAAUGAAUAAACAUGUCUGUGGAGAAUUAAAUUUAAUUGGCCAAACGACUGACGUCGACUGUUUAAAGCUCGAAAGGGCUUGUUACAUUUGUGUUGUUGCUGCGAAAAAUAAAAUUAAAUAAAGAAAUAAGUAAAGUAACAACAGGAGCAACACUAGUAGGCGAAAACAUUUUGUCGAUAAGACAAUAAAGAGUCGAGAGAAUUGGUAACUUCUAAGGAGGAAUUUCUUUUCUCUUUUAAAGAUGUAGCAUCAAAAGCCAGUUUCCUGGCGGUAAAUGUCAGUUGAAAAUCUUUGGACUGCUUUUCUUGGAACUCUUGUUUUGAUAGUUGACUAUGUGUAACUGUUUAACAUUGUGUUUAACUCGUAUAAUUUGCAGAAGGGCGCGUUCCCACUGAAUUUAUUCGUCACUGAUUGUAUAUAGGAGAUGAUGGUGAUCGAAAAGAAAACAUCACCUGAAUGUUGGACUACAGAGAGUGAGAGUCAAGGGGAAAAGUUACCCAAAAAGCAAAAGCCCUCAACAGAGACUUGGGAAGAAUUUACUGAUAGCACAACACUUCAUGGUCUCAAGUAUGUCUUCAAGAAACGCCAUUUCGUGGUUCGUUUGUUUUGGGUUUUGCUCCUUCUCUUCGCACUCACUUACUACGUUAUAAUAGUUUACAGGGCAUUUAGUAAAUACUACAGUUAUCCCAUUAACACUUUGGUGAUAACAAAGCAAGAUCUUAAAGAAAUGGAUUUCCCAGCCAUAACAAUCUGCUCUCACAACUACCUCGCUAAGAGCAAACUGUUUAUGAGAGAUGACAACCCCCUAUUUGCGGCCAGCGGUUUGAAUAUCACCUUGUGUGACGUCACGAAAAAGGUUCGAGGCAAUAAGCCUUGUGGCUUGAGUUUAAUUUGUUGCUGCCAGCCACCUCAUACAGUAAACAUGUCUAUCAGUCUACCAAACUGUACAAAAAAAUACAGACAUGACCUCCUGUCGGCCAAACAUCAAUCGAACUUCAAAUCUGAUGUCGAAAUUUUCCUGGAGCGUUAUAGCCAGGACAUAAAAUCCCUUGUUGGCCCUUUGUGUACGUUCGGCGGUACCGCAUCUUGUUCAGCAGAAAGUUUUGAUCCCAUUUUCACGCCAACAGGAAUGUGUUACACAUUCAAUUCAGGGAGGAAUGGGAAAGUAAAAACAGUGAACAAUGGCGGGGUUUCUUCAGGAUUGACAAUCCUUCUUGAUGCUCAGACACCCGAGUAUUUUCAAGGAAAGAUGUCGGUGGGAUUCAAGGUUCUGGUUCACGGACAAGGCGAGUAUAUCGAUGAAUGGGAAGGAAUCAACGUAGGACCAGGACAACACGCUGUCAUAGCUCUCACACAGAAAAAGGUAAGAUUUAUUUUUUUUAACUUUGUUCAAAGUGUACCAAAUUGGCAGGAAAGUUGAAUGUCUUUGUUUUCAAAUAAUUUUGUAUCUGAUGUCUUAUAUACUCAAAGUUCAUGAUGAACACAAUAAAAGUAAUAACCAAACCAACAUAACUCAAGUGACUUGGCCUUUAACUCACUGUUUGCAAAAACAUUCUAUUUUUUAUUUUACAGCAUUCUUGCCUCCAAAAUUAUCCACAGCGUCUUCUUGGCUACAGAAAUGGACGAAAUAACAAUAACUUAUGCUCUCAUCAAUUUGAUGCCAAAAAACCCUCGGCCAGUCUCGUUGAUUUUCUCUUGUUGAUUUUUCUCAUUGCAGUAUAAGAACCUAGAAAAACCGUACCCUACAAAUUGUACAAAGAGGAGCUUAAAAGCGUACACCAGCUACACUGUAGAGGGAUGUUUUUUCGAAUGCAAAGCGGAAAUAAUUACCAAGAAAUGUGGCUGCCGGCUUUCAGGAUACACAGGUAUGAAGUAACUAAAACAAGAAACAGCAAAUCACUGAGUAACACCCGAAAACCCAGUCGUUACAGCUAAAAAAGAAGAUAGGAAAAUAGAGGAAGAAAGAAAGAAAAAAGAAUAGUAAAGAAUACCGAAACAUUAGGGCCAUUUAUACGAGGAAAAAUAAGACGCGUCUUACAUAAGACGCGUCUUAAAUAAGACGCGAACUUUCCGUAUAAACGGCACAUUUCGUCUGAAAUAAGACGCGGCUUAGCUAAGACGCGUCUUAUUAGAUAAGACAUGCUCGUAUAAAUGGUACAGUUCGCGUCUUAUUUAAGACGCGUCUUAUUUUUCCUCGUAUAAAUGGCCCUAUUGAGACAACAACAGCAAAAAAAAACUACAAUUCCCCACUUCCACAAUAUCAUUCCUACCUUUAUCAGAGUGUAAUUUGUCGGGUUUACAACACUCGGAAAUUAUCCUUUUUUCUUUGGCCCUGAUUAACAAACAAGGGCACCCAACGACAAUUUUCGGAAAAAUACCUGUUCGGAAGACGAUUUGAGAUCUAGAAUUUUCGGAACAUUUGUUGUAAAAUUUUUUGCUUGCCUGCCUCUCCUAGGAUUUUCGAACAUCUAAAAACUACUAUAGUUGCCAAUUUUUAACGGAUUUUUACCCUUAAAAGGUCACCUAGAAUUUUCGGGAGCCUUUUUCUGGCUAAAAUUUUCGAAAAGGUAAGUUUUGAUCCCCAUAAUUUUCGGAUCACUAGACUUUCAGCUAGGAAAUCCGAACAGAUGAAAAAAUUUUAGGGGAUAAAAAUAUGCCUAUAUCUACCGUUUAAAUACUAAAAUACGUUUAACAAUGCUAUGUUUAAGUGGUUUUGAACUAUAUUCUCGUUGGGUGCCCCUGAACAAAUAUGAGCAAAAUAAACUGAAUACCGUUACUGGCUAGACAGUUUAAUUUUUUUGUUACGUUCGUUUUUUUGUUUUGUUUUUCUUAAUUAAGGUGCACCUGAACACGUCACUUGCACAACCGUGGAAGAAUAUUUGUGUGUUUACAAAAUUCAGGGUAAGUAAUCCGGUCUUUGGUUUCUGAAGGCUAGUAAACGUAUCUCUAACGAUAAAGGGCCUGGCUUUUGCAAAGAUAUUCAACCUUUUCUUACAUUAGUUUUGUUUCUGUUGGCGUAAAGUGUGGGGAUGACAUAUUUAUACCGCAUUUUAACGGGCUUUGAUUUUCUGAUUAGUAGAUAGCCAAACAACUUCUUUUGAUGCUCUUGUACUGAUUUUUUUUCGGUGUUAAUAUAUUUCUUUUUAAAUUAUAUUUCAUAAAAAAAAGAAACGGUUACCAAGAAGACGUGUGGAUGUGAAGUUCCUUGUUACUAUUCCAAAUACAGCGCUGAAGUGAGCUAUUCAUACUUUCCUGAUCCAGGCACUGCUGCUGCAUUUAUAAGACAUGGUUAUUAUGGUGAUCAUCAAUAUCAGAGGUGAUUUUUUAUUGCUACAAAUUAUUGUCAAGUAAUAGAUACUGUGACAACCAAGCUAUCUAGCAUAACAUAACAUAACAAACCUAACGUAACAUUAUGCAACUUAACUCAACGUAACGUUAAAUAACUAAAUGUAACGUAAUGCACUGUAACAUAACGCAGGUCCACUUAACACAUUAUAACGAAAGCUAACAGAAAAAAAUGAGAUAACUUAUAUCGUAGAAAUGACAUAGGACUACAUGUAAAUGUGUAACAUAAACACAAAUAGGAAUGGAAACAUGAAAUUUACAAAUAAAACAGAAACAAAUGCGACAACGUGAACUUAACUUGACUUAGCGUAAGGUUCAUAUUACCUAAAAUUACAAAAAAAUGUAAUGGAUAUAACAAUAUAAUGGUAAAAAGUGUUAAAAUUAAAGGUAUUAAAUUUCAUGUUGUCGUAUUUUCGUAUGUGUUUGUUUUCCCAGAGAAAAUCUUGUCUAUUUACAAGUGGGCUUCAAGACGAUGAGCUAUGACUUGCAGGAAGAACAGCCAGCUUAUGAUACAAAUUCUUUAUUUGGUAUGCUAUUUUAUGUAAUUACAAAAGUCUUGUUUAUCUUCCCCACUUACAAUUCUCGACUAGGGGCUAGUUAAGAAGAGAGACAAAUGAAGAAAUAUAUGUAAAUAAAUUCUCCACCCCGAAACGAUAGGAGAAUGGGUACAAGCUUUCGGCACAACAAUGUCUGGGAUCGUUUUGGUGGACCAAUCAUAACAAACGCUUGUGCACCCAAAUGAUCUCAGGAAUUACUGCACCCAAAGCUGGCUUGAACCCAUUCUUCCUACAGUGUCUAAAGGGUAAAUAAAUCCGUCAUGGCAUCAUUUUAUCCACAGAGUACACUCUUUUGUCAAGUAGUCAGGUGCAAGUCAUCAUAUAGUUCACGAGUAGUGAUGAGGGUAUCUGAAUCUCCAUGCUUCUCUUUGUUUACAGGUGCUUCAGGAUAGACUGCCAUAUACUCUUGUAAUACAAUGUCAUUUCCUUUAUUUCUUAGGUGAGAUAGGAGGCAGCAUGGGAUUGUUCCUUGGAUGUAGUCUGAUAACUAUCUGGGAGUGGCUGGACUUCAUAUUGACUCAAAUAUUCACAGCCAGAGAACGUCGCCUUGCACAUCCAGCUUGA